AACUCUUUCAGCGCAGUUCGAAUUUUGCCCAUAUCAAGUGCAACGUUAGUACAGUCUGGGUGUCAUCGUCAGCUGUUACUAGUUAUUUAGCCGGUUCUUCAGUGAACAGUUACUUUACCUCAUCUAUACGAAUUUUAUAUACACCUCAUAUCAAUAAAGAUGUCUUGCCCAAUGCCUGCACCACCUGCAUUGAAAGAUUUACCAAAAGUAGCCGGUGAUCUCAAGAGCGAAUUGGAAGCUUUCAAGGCAACGAAUUUGAAGAAUGCAGACACCCAAGAGAAAAUUGUAUUACCGUCAGCAGAAGAUGUUGCAGCGGAAAAAAACGAAAAAGCAUUAAUUCAGGGUAUUGAACAUUUCGAAAAGACCAAAUUGAAACAUACAGAAACUCAGGAAAAGAAUCCACUGCCUGAUAAAGAAGUUGUCUUACAAGAGAAAACCCAUCAGAAUCUUUUGGGUGGAGUAGAACAUUUCGAUAAAACAACAAUGAAACAUACAACAACAACAGAGAAAGUUGUCUUGCCUGAUAGUGAAGUUAUCCAAUUAGAAAAAGGACAAAGACAGCUCAUUUCUGGAAUAGAAAAUUUCGAUAGCUCCAAAUUGAAACAUGCAGAGACAUGUGAGAAAAAUCCUCUACCCACAAAAGAAAUUAUCGAUCAAGAAAAGAGUGCAUAAGACUGUGGUUCUCAUUGAUGUCAGUCAUUUAAAAUUCCUGAAAUUGAUGAUAUGUCACAUAAAAUCAAUUGAGAAUUAUUGGCAACGAGUAAUAAAUGGGCAAGUUCACAUUCUCGUGGAAGAACUCUGGGAAUAAAUUCAUAAUUCUUGAUUCCUUUUAUGUAUGUACUCUAUAAGCUCAUGCCAAUUUUAUAUUAUUUUAUACUUUUUUACAUAUUCAUCUAUUUAUAAAGGUAAUACUGAAGAUUUGCAAUUGUAGGAUUAGCUUUUACUUCCAAAUUUUGAUACUACUAAUAUUUUAUUAUCAAGAUCUUAUUUUAUUAAGAAUGUAGAAUUUCAAUGUAAAGUUGAUUUUGCAUGAUGGUGCUUAAAUAAACAUCAAAAUUGUA